UGAAGGAGAGAGAGACAGAGUGUGAGUAGGGGAGGGGCAGAGAGAGAGAGAGAGAGAGAAAGACAGAAUCCGAAGCAGGCUCCAGGCUCUGAGCUGUCAGCACAGAGCCUGACGCGGGGCUCGAACUCACCGCGAGAUCAUGACCUGAGCGGAAGCCGGACGCUCAACCGACUGAGCCACCCAGGUGCCCCAAGGUGGACUUUUUUAUAAAAAUAGCUUUAAAAUGCUAUUUUUUUUUGUUAUCUGAGGAAAGUGCAUAAAUUUACCUGAAAAUUAAGCAAUAUUUAAUUGUUUUUUCACAUUUUGAUAACUGAAGAUGUAAGCUCUCAGAUUUACUUUUAGAAAGCUAAGAUUCUGCUUUACACUGGAUUGCCACUAGAGUCAAUGUUUCACUGAAGAAUAUUUACCUGACUGAAUGAGUGAGAAGGGGCCUGUGGGGUCAGAAAACUAUUGGGAGUUUAUUAUGCAUGGAAAUCAUGAUUAAAUUCGUGCAUGAUUUAUCUUUGUGUUUAUGCACAGUCUAGCCUUUAAAAACAUUGUUAUUUCCUUCCUGCUCCACCUUUCCCUGGCACGGGCCAUGAAUUACCUGUCAAAACCAUAGAAGAAUCUGGAAGUAUUUGCAUACCGCAGGUCACUCAAAGGUCCAGUGGGGAAUGGACACCAAGAUUUACAAAUGCUGUUAAAUGAAAUAUGUAUUUUCACAGGUCAGUAAGGUGACUCAGUGCAUUUUUUAACAUAAUAAGAAAAAAUAAAAAAAACCCUCCCUAAUGAACAGAAGCCAAAACAAUCCUCUACUAGUGUCGAGUCAAAAUGAAGGAAGUGGAAAUAGGUCUCUUCAAAAUCGUCCUGCCAUUAUGUGUUGACACUAGCAUAAUUUCACAGGGGACUCAGGCGUCAUGCUAAAGUUUUUUUGCCAAUUGUGCCACAGAAAAGGAUUCAUCAGUUUUAUUUUCAGGCAAGAGACACCUUUAGAAAACAGAAACGUGAUCCAAACUGGUGAGAAACACCUCGUAUUUCGACUGGGGUUGCACAUCGGAAAGACUCUCAAAAACAAUGAAAAGAGUUGUUUUGCUUGUGGCCUCCUUUGCAGGCCGACUCUGCAUGGGACGCGGGACCUCUCUAGGAUGCAUCUUGUGGAGCCCUGAGAGGUGGAUGAAGGGGUGCCGGUGGAAGGAAGGGCACCCUCUCCACCUGCUUGCAGAGGAGUGUGGAAACGAGAGAACGUCACCUUGUAGCGCCAUCAACCAUAGAAAGGGAAGCGUCCUGAGAAAAACCAGUUCUGGCAAAGGAUCUGCUUUGAUGACUGGGGAAGUCCUGAGGUUGACUGUGAGUGCGCCGGGGACACUCGGUUACACGUGAUCCCAGCAGGGCGUGUGUGCCAUGGCCUCAACUUGCUUCUUGAUGACAUCAUGAAGCCGGCCUUUCACCAGAGGAUUCCAAGAAGAGCCACAAUAUUGUGAAACAUGCAGGAGCCAUUCAGGGCUGCCGUCUUCAAGGAGAAGCCUGGGGAAAAACACACAAAGAACUAAAUCAAGUCGCUGAAGCCGUGUUGCACAACCAUUGAUCAGAGUGGAUUAUCUGUUCUCUGGCGAUAUUUUGAGAAAAUGGAAGCAGGCCUUCAAGUAAAUGACAUACUUGAGACGGAGCCAAACCUCUUUUCCCUGAGGUCUCUGUAAAUGUUUAUCUUCGCUGUUACUGUCUUUCAUCUUUCACAGUAGACCUCUCACUGUGGAGUCUUGAAGUGAGACCAUGUCAAUUGUGAGUGGCCUUGGGGAGGACCAUGGCUCCAGGACCUUUGAUAUUGGAAGGGGAGACUCCUUUCCCUCUUCCUCUACUUGCACCUCUGCUUCCUUCUACCCUCCUCUCUCUUCCUUCUUUCCCCUUGGCUCUUUUCUUUUUUCUUAAAAAAAAACCCUUUUUUUAAUGUUUAUUUAUUAUUGAGAGACAGAGACAGAACAUGAGCAUGGGAGGGGCAGAGAGAGGGAGAGACACAGAAUCCAAAGCAGGUUCCAGGCUCUGAGCUGUCAGCACAGAGCCCGACACAGGGCUUGAACUCACCGCAAGAUCAUGACCUGAACCAAAGCCGGACACGUAACCAACUGAGCCACCCAGGCACCUUCCCUCCCUUGGCUCUUUUCUUUUUCAUGUUCCUAAGCAUUCUUGCCCCUUUAAAACCCACUUUAGUUGGUUUCUUCUUCAUUGCUCCCUGAUCUGAACCAGUGUCCCUGUGUGGUUGGUGGUGGAGACAAAAUGUAAUGUGUGCAACCACCUUGUAAAUGGCAAGGUGUUCCUAACAGGUUGCUUGUUAUUCUAUUAUUGUCCCCUCCCCACCAAAUCCCCACCCAGUGGGCUCAUUCUGAGCUCCUUUUGUCAUCCGGACUCUUGCUUCCCUGCCUCCUGUUGUGUCUGUUCAGGAUCUGCUCUCCCAGUUUCCCUUCUCUUUCUCUUCUUCUCAUGACUUACCUUCUUACCUCAUUUCCUCACCGCCUUCUUAGGAAAGAGUUAAUUUUGGUUUGCCGAGUACAUUGAAGCUAAGGCAUUAAUGGCUAACAGAUUUGAUGCUAACAUGUUGGGGAAGGUCACAUUUUAACUGGAGACUCCUCAAACUUCAAAAUAGAGCCUCCAGUGAAAUUUUAGGCAGCAUGAGCAGUCAGUGGAGGAGAAAAUGAGCCUUUUCCUGGUGCUUGUGUGUAUGAAGAACUUCUUACUCCACCCAUUCAAGAGUUGGGCCUUAAUGUAAUGUGUACAGGCUACUGAAUAAAAUACCAAACAGGGACAUGAAGGGUCCAGGAAGUUUUGGUUGGGGAAGCCAAACAAGGAUUAGAGCAUCUUUUAAGGAAAAGUUAGGAAAGAAACAGUAUGGUUAAGAAAUAAAGUACAAAGUAUGAGUAUUUUCAAUCACCCCUGGAGCCUCUCUUCUGUUAAUAUCUCCCUGCCUUGGACUCUGGUAAGGAACAGGCAAAUACAGGUUAGGCAAAUAGACACAGGGAGUCAUUGAGCUGGGAGUGAUUCGCAUGCCAAGAGAGAUCACAGGGAUCCUCUUUUCAAAUCCUGGGGGACUGGAGGUGUUUGCUGGCAGGUAGGCUUUUGCAUGAAUCCAAGGAGAGAGCUCUCUGGAUCCCUGGUCUCAAUAGGGUGGCUUGGUCAGAGAAGCUGUUUUUCCCUGUGGAUGCGUCCCAGUUUGAUCAGAACCUCCUGGAGAGGAUGCCCUCACCUGCAUUGAUCUUCAUGGUCGUCUUCUUCCUGGAGUCACUGGCUGCAAUGUUGCAGAAUGGCUUCGUGGUUACUGUGCUGGGCAGGGAGUGGGUGCGAUGCCGGAUGCUGCCCGCGAGUGGCAUGAUUGUGGCCUCCUUGGCCGCCUCCCGGUUCUGCCUGCAUGUGGCCAUCCUGAACAACCUCUUCACCUUCUUUGAUUUUCGUUCCAUAAUGGACUAUUUCAGCAUCCUCUGGAGCGUCUUCAGCACUCUCUCUUCCUGGCUCACCGCCUGGCUUGCUGUCUUCUACUGUGUGAAGACCGCCAUCUUCUCCCACCCUGUCUUCUCCUGGCUGAGGUGGAGGAUUUCUCAGUCAGUGCCCAGGCUGCUGGGCUCCCUGCUCAUGGCUGGUCUGGUGGUCAUCUCAUCAACCAUUGGGACUAUAUUUCCUGUGCAGGUGACUGCCUCCCAGAAUUCCCAAGGAAACAGGACCCUGGCUGAUAGACUACAGAGCUAUUGGCACUUUUUUCAUCCUCAUGCAAUGCUUAUGUGGUUGAUCCCAUUCCUUCUGUUCUUGGUGUCCACGCUUUUGCUCAUGUGCUCCCUGCACCGGCACUUGGGGCAGAUGAGGGAUCAUAGACUGGGUCCAUGUGAUCCCAGCACCCAGGCUCACAUCAUGGCCCUGAAGUCACUUGCCUUCUUCCUUGUCUUCUAUACAUCAUAUUUUCUGUCCCUGAUUGUCAUUACUAUGAAAAUCACAACCUUCCAGGGUCACUGGCGCUGGGCCUGGGAAGUGGUGACCUACACAGGUAUCUGUCUGCACUCCAGCAUCCUGAUGCUAAGCAGCCCCAAGCUGAGAAAGGCCGUGAGGACCAGGCUUUGGAGAGCUCUGGAAAAAGGCGGGUUUAUCUCAAGUUAUCAGUAUCAAUAACCACUACCAGUGGACAAGCCUGUAAGUGGCUAGAACCCCCAAAGUUUGGGCACUGUCCUUCUCUCUUUUCAUUUCCUUCUUACUUUCCUGUUCCUUCCAUGCUGCAUUAGCUUUUUUUGUACCCUGUUUUUUCCUGCACUGCUCCAGGUCCCCAGUUUGGGUCCCAAACCACUGUGGGCUGGGAUGGUGGCCUCAUUGCCUCACAGACCUCUUGUACCUUCUGUAUGAGCAGCCAUAACAGAUUUUUCCAAGCAUCAUUUUGGUCUGUACCUCUUUACAGAGACCUGUAAUGGUUGUCGGUUAUCUCUGUGGUCAACCUGAAGUGUUUUUUAAUGGUGGCAUAGAUUGUCCCACACCAUCCCACACACUACUGCCCUCCUUAUUACUGCUCUGCUGUCAGCUCGGUCUCUCCACUCCAGACCAGUAAUUUGGCCCAUCUGGAACUUCCUUCUUUCCUUUGUCUGCCAUUCUUGGCCAUUCCCUUCUUUUGUGCCCUGCUUAUGACUGAUUCCACCCAGCCUUUUCAAUGUGGUCCCAUGAAAGGCUGAGGGUGUAUAUGAGUUUUGUGCCAUUCUAGGCCCUGCCCAUGAUUUUGUGUGUUUGCUAAAUGUUGAAUUAAAAGGAAUUGUCUGAUGUGGAAAUGCUUUUAGGUUUUGGCCAACUGAAGACAGAGAAGGAAAACAAAAUACAUUUGCUGUAGUUCUUAAUUUUGAUAAUCCUGCCUUUCCUCUCUCUUCACCCUGGAGGUGGGUCCUGAAUGCCAGUGCCUAGCAUGGUAGUCUCCACAUUGGGUGUUUGCCUCUCUGAGUUGUGUGCACAAUGAUCCACUGAAUGUGCAGAGAAAAGUGGGGCAAUUCUAAUUUGCAUUUACUUUUAUUUCAUCGUUUUAGUUCCUGUUUUUUUGUGUGUGUAUAUUUUAUGAUAUACAGAAUGUAUUAGUAAAGUAGUACAUGCAAGUAAUUAAAUAAAGACACAUAUGCUUGGAUGCAUGCUCAUAAAGUUUUUUUUGGCUGAUGGAAUUUGCUUUAGAAAUGUAUGGAGACCAAAAAACUAGAAAAGGGUUGGGUAGGGGCAGUGAAGGCAAGAGCAUCAGGGGUGUCUGUCUCUGCCAUCCCUUCUACUCAUCUGGAAGCAUCUGGAAGACUGCCUUUCCCCGUGCAGAGCUCCAGAACUUUACUGAAUGUCUUGGGUGGGGAGGGAAUGGUGGUGCAACUCCUAUGUCCCGUAACAUGUUCACAGCCCUUUGAGUUAGGCCAGGUCUCGUGGGCUUAUCUCAGGACUUCUUGAUUGGUUGAUGUUCUUAAUCUCCCUCUCCUAGCUUUUAGCUCUGAAGAGUCCCCCAAACACUUGGUGGCUCCCAUCUUGACCAAAAACACAACCCAGUAGCUCGUCCUGACUUUUGAGGGUUUCUGUGAACUCUUCCCGGCCUGCCUUUUCAUCCUGGUAGGCCACCAUUCCCUUAGCCAUAGUCAGACUUACCAGAUUAUUCCUGAGACAUAACGGUAGCUCUACCUCCUUCACUGACUCGCAUCUCCUUUACAACAUACGAGACGGCGUCUUUGUUGUCCCGCAGUGAAGCCUCUGCUGCUGCUGCUGCUGCUGCUGAGCUCUUCGAAUUCUUGGGGUGGGAAUAGGAGGCCGUGUAACAUUUCCAACUGCAGCCUGGGAAUCCUCCCUUUUCAUCCCUGUCAGAGAGAGUCCUGAGGUAUGUGUUUCCCACGUAGAGAAUGUACUCGGGAUUCCUGCCCGUACCACCCCCAUGAUGACACACAUAAAGACCAGCUGUGAAAACUUGCAAAUUCUCAGAUUUGGCUUCCACCUUAGAAGAUAAAUUUGAAUGUGGGAAAAUAAAUUGCAACGAAUGAAACCAAAAAGCACAAACAACAAAAGAAUCACCAUAAAACACUUUGCAUAUUUAUAUACAAACGAUUACCCAUUUGGAUUAACUUAAUCUGCAAUAAGAUGUGGCCAGUUAGUGUUGUGGUUGAUGACUGGUACGUGAAAACACUUUGAGGGCAGGUACCUAGUUUACUGUUGUGGCUCCAGUGCCUUUCACAGGGUCCUUAUGACAUAGGAGAUGCCUCAUGAAUUGUUGUCGAGUGAAUUGAAGGUUAGCACACGUCCUUCCCAUAGUAUAAGCUAUCGAAGAUGGAGGUGGUGGGUGGGAAGGAUGAGAUUCCAUACUGAGAGGUUUGUGGCUGGCCAGACUCUGGAGCUGUGAACUCAAAGUUUGCCCCAUUGCUCCAAGGUCCAAUAGGCAAUGGCCAAAUGUCAGCCAGGGGAAUAAGGCUAACGAAGACAGCAGAUGGUCCAAGAUUUGGUGCUCUGACCUCUGCUGCAUCCCUGAUGCUCUCCUGACCUCUCCUUGGACUACUUGUCCCUCCACAGGAUGGAUGGAAUGACAGGUAGUUAUUGUAAUAACAGUUGUCAUCAUCACCCUAAUUCUGUCCUGUGCUGGUGCAGAUUUAUAGUAGAGAGAUAUAUCCACAUGUAUUUGUGAUCCAUA